AUGCCUGUCGUCAAAGGAGGUGUCUGGACAAACAUCGAAGAUGAAGUUCUUCGCGCAGCAGUCUCGAAGUAUGGUCUCAACCAGUGGGCCCGUGUUUCAUCGCUUCUCGCACGAAAGACGCCAAAACAAUGCAAGGCAAGAUGGGUAGAAUGGCUGGACCCGGGUAUUCGCAAGAUCGAGUGGUCCCGAGAGGAGGAUGAGAAGCUUCUCCAUCUGGCCAAGUUGAUGCCAACCCAGUGGCGUACGAUCGCGCCAAUUGUCGGGAGAACCGCAACACAGUGUCUGGAACGAUAUCAAAAACUGCUGGAUGAAGCUGAGGCUCGCGAAAAUGAUGAAUUAGGACUGGGAGGGCCUGGGGGUGAGGCACAUGCUCCCAGCGCAGACGAUGUUAGACGACUACGACCCGGUGAACUCGACCCGGACCCCGAGUCAAAGCCCGCUCGACCCGAUACUAUCGAUCUUGACGAAGAUGAAAAAGAAAUGCUGAGCGAAGCUCGAGCCCGUCUGGCCAACACUCAGGGUAAAAAGGCCAAGAGAAAGGCCCGUGAACGGCAGCUGGAAGAAUCCCGCCGACUUGCUGUUUUGCAAAAACGUCGAGAAUUGAAGAAUGCCGGAAUCAACAUCAAGGUCACCACGACCAAGCAGGGCCAGAUGGACUACAAUGCCGAUAUUCCAUUUGAGAAAGCUCCAGCUCCCGGUUUCUACGAUACCAUCGAAGAGCAAUCUAGAAACGAAAGGCAGCGUGAAACGUUCGACCCCCGGAAACAACAACUUGCGAACAAGCGCAAAGGCGACCAGGAUGAAGACACAGAGCGCAAGAAGCAAAAAGGCGACAAGAACCAGUCUACCUCCGCUGCCGCGGCUAAGGCUGGUCGAAUGCAAAAGAUUCGCGAAGCUGAGCAACUGAGCAAACGCCGUGCUCUUAAUCUUCCGGCGCCUCAAGUCGGCGAGAACGAACUUGACGAUAUCAUCAAGAUGGGCCUUGCUGGAGACAAAGCUACUAAGAUCGCUGGUGAAGAGGAGGGAGGUUCUCGAGGAUUAUUGGGAAGCUACACUGCUAUGGUUGGAGGCACGCCUAUCAGGACACCAAGGGCUCCUCCACAAGAGGACCAUAUCGCCAACGAGAUCCGGAAUAUCAGAGCGCUGACAGAAACGCAAUCGUCUCUCUUGGGCGGUGAUAACACCCCUCUUCACGAAGGUGGAAGCUCUACUGGAUUCGAUGGAAUCGCUCCUCGUCGCCAGGAGAUCGUCACACCAAACCCGAUGGCCACACCGUUCCGUCAAGGAGCAGAUGGAGUUGGCGCAACGCCAAUGCGAGGUGGUAUUGGUCCUGGAGCAACACCUCUGCGAACCCCGAGAGAUCAUUUCUCGCUCAAUAAUGAACUUGAAGGAGGCCAGAUUGCCGGCAGUACACCUCGCGAAGUGAAAAUGCGCGAAAACUUUGUUCGACAACAACUUCGCGGCAAACUUGCUUCGCUCCCCAGACCCAAAGAGACGGAAUGGGAACUAGAAGAGCUUCCCUCGGAAUCUCAAGAGCCAACAAUCAGUGGUGACGGGUUUAAUGAAGAUGCCGAGGAACGCGAUCGCCGUGCAGAGCUGAUUCGUAAGAAAGAAGCCGAGGCUGAGUUUAAGCGUCAGACACAAGUAUACCAACGAUCCUUACCGCGACCUAGUAUCCUUGACAUUGGUUCACUUUUGGAGCGAGCAUCACAAGUCUCGGAUCCAGUUGAAAGCCUAAUUGCCAAAGAAGCUGCAAUUCUCAUCGCUAAUGAUGCUCGAAAACACCCCCUAGCAAACGGCAAGAUUGAAGGCAAGGCACCAAAGUUUCAGAAGAUUGACGACAAAUGGAUUCAAUCGGCACGUGCCGCGGUCCUGGAUGAAGUUUCUGCCGAAGAGCUCAAGUCGCAGUGGCAGGCUGACUUUGAUACCUCCUGGACUUCAGCUCAUGAGGGCUCUCUACCAGGUCUUUCCAUUUACGAUGGUGAAGAGGACGACGUCUUUCAACAAGAGCAGAGCAUGAUCAGCGCUUUUGACAAUGUGCAAACCUCACUCAUGGCUACUGCGGAGCAAGGAAAUAAACUCGAGAAGAAGCUCGCAUUGCAUUACGGCGGAUAUCAGGCUCGAGCAAAGACCCUUCGAGGAAAGAUUGUGGAGGCAGCAUCGGCCUUGGAGAAGGCCACAUUUGACGUAGAUACCUUCCGGACUCUACAGAUUGGAGAAGAAGCAGCACUUCGUGAUCGCUUUGAACAGUUACGCGACGAAGUCACUUUGGUCACCCGCCGGGAGCGUGAAGCACAGGAUCUAUACAAGGCUCGGAAGGAGGAGCUCGAUGAGCUUGUUGGAGGCGCUGUAAAUGGGUGGCACUGA